AUGAAGUACAACCGAAGGUUCACAAAGCACAUCGCUUGCAGGGAGCCCCAAGCCCGCGCCCAGGCGGGGACUCAGCCUUCGCUCAUCCCGCAGGCACACGAGCUGCUCCCCCGGCCCUCCCCCCACGGCGCCACGAGCCGCUCCACCCGCCCUCCCCCCACAGCGCCACGAGCCGCUCCACCGGCCCUCCCCCCACAGCGCCACGAGCAGCUCCACCGGCCCUCCCCCCACGGCGCCACGAGCAGCUCCACCGGCCCUCCCCCCACGGCGCCACGAACCGCUCCACCGGCCCUCCCCCCACGGCGCCACGAGCAGCUCCACCGGCCCUCCCCCCACGGCGCCACGAGCAGCUCCACCGGCCCUCCCCCCACGGCGCCACGAACCACUCCACCGGCCCUCCCCCCACGGCGCCACGAGCAGCUCCACCGGCCCUCCCCCCACGGCGCCACGAGCAGCUCCACCGGCCCUCCAUCCACAGCGCCACGAGCUAUUCCACCCGCCCUCCACCCACAGCGACACGAGCUGCUCCACCGGCCCUCCACCCACAGCGCCACGAGCUAUUCCACCCGCCCUCCACCCACAGCGACACGAGCAGCUCCACCGGCCCUCCAUCCACAGCGCCACGAGCUAUUCCACCCGCCCUCCACCCACAGCGACACGAGCAGCUCCACCCGCCCUCCACCCACAGCGACACGAGCAGCUCCACCGGCCCUCCACCCACAGCGCCACGAGCUAUUCCACCCACCCUCCACCCACAGCACCAGGAGCCGCUCCACCGGCCCUCCACCGGCCCUCCACCGGCCCGCCACCCACAGCGCCACGAGCUAUUCCACCCGCCCUCCACCCACAGCGCCACGAGCAGCUCCACUGGCCCUCCACCCACAGCGCCACGAGCUAUUCCACCCACCCUCCACUCACAGCGCCACGAGCAGUUCCACCGGCCCUCCACCCACAGCGCCACGAGCUAUUCCACCCGCCCUCCACUUACAGCGCCACGAGCAGUUCCACCGGCCCUCCCCCGGCCCUCCCCCCACAGUGCCACGAGCUGCUCCACCCGCCCUCCACCCACAGCGCCACGAGCUGCUCCACCCGCCCUCCACCCGCCCUCCACCCACAGCGCCACGAGCAGCUCCAGCCGCCCUCCACCCACAGCGCCACGAGCUGCUCCACCCGCCCUCCACCCACAGCGCCAGGAGCCGCUCCACCGGCCCUCCACCCACAGCGCCACGAGCUGCUCCACCCACCCUCCACCCACAGCGCCACGAGCCGCUCCACCGGCCCUCCACACACAGCGCCACGAGCCGCUCCACCGGCCCUCCACACACAGCGCCAGGAGCCGCUCCACCGGCCCUCCACACACAGCGCCAGGAGCCGCUCCACCGGCCCUCCACACACAGCGCCAGGAGCCGCUCCACCGGCCCUCCACACACAGCGCCACGAGCCGCUCCACCGGCCCUCCACACACAGCGCCAGGAGCCGCUCCACCGGCCCUCCACCCGCCCUCCACCCACAGCGCCACGAGCCGCUCCACCGGCCCUCCACACACAGCGCCAGGAGCCGCUCCACCGGCCCUCCACACACAGCGCCACGAGCUGCUCCACCGGCCCUCCACACACAGCGCCACGAGCUGCUCCACCCGCCCUCCACCCGCCCUCCACCCACAGCGCCACGAGCUGCUCCACACGCCCUCCACCCACAGCGCCACGAGCUGCUCCACCCGCCCUCCACCCACAGCGCCAGGAGCCGCUCCAACGGCCCUCCUCCCACAGCGCCACGAGCUGCUCCACCCGCCCUCCACCCACAGCACCAGGAGCCGCUCCACCGGCCCUCCUCCCACAGCGCCACGAGCUGCUCCACCGGCCCUCCACCAGCCCUCCACUCACAGCGCCACGAGCUGCUCCACCGGCCCUCCCCCGGCCCUCCCCCGGCCCUCCACCGGCCCUCCCCCCACAGCGCCACGAGCUGCCCCACCUGCCCUCCCCCCACAGCGCCUACUGUGCAGCAGCGGCUCUCGCAGCGCUGCUGGCAUUUGAAAAACUGUAA